AUGAUUGGGAUUACAAUAAUCACCGGUUUCUUAGGAGCAGGGAAAACUACACUGCUAAAAAAUUUAUUAAAUGAAAGUAUUGAGAAAGAUAAAAAAAUUGCAAUAAUUCAUAAUGAAUUUACGGAAAAGAACAACAAUAUUGACAAAAUAGUUUUUAAGGAUAUAAAUGAUAUAUAUAACAUUCCAAAAAUUAAAGAAGAUGAUAAAAAUAAUGUAAAUAAUAAUUUAAAAGAAGAUAUACAAAAAAAUAAAAAUGAAUUAAGAAUAAUAAACGAAAUAGAUAGUGAAGAAGGUUUCAUAUAUGAACUUAAUAAUGGCUGUUUAUGUUGUUCAAAUAAAAGUAAUUUUGUUAAAUUGAUAGAAAAUAUUUUAUCAUUAAAAACUAAGUAUGAUUAUAUAUUUGUAGAAGUUUCAGGCGUUUAUGAUAAUAUACAAAUUAACAAUUUAUUAUGGUUAGAUGAACUUAAUAAGUCAAAAAUAUAUUUAGAUAGUAUUAUACAUAUAGUAGAUUCAUAUCAUUUUAUUAAAUAUUAUAAUAAACAAGAAAUAAAACAAAAUACUAAGGACACAUUAUCUAAUGAAAUUAAUCAUGAACAUGAAAAAAAAAAAAAAAAUGAAGCCAACAUAUAUCAUAAUGAAAAAAAAAAACAAAAUGAAGCCAACAACUUUGGUCCUAAUGAACAAACUCCAGAAUAUGAACAAAUUAUGGUAUCAGAUGUUAUAAUAUUAAAUAAAAUCGAUAAAUUAAAUCAACACAAUAUAAAUGAACUAAAAAUUUUUAUCCAUAAACUAAAUCCCAUUAGCACUAUAUACACAACUAGCUAUUGUUAUGUACCUAUAGAAAAUAUAACAAACCUAAAAUGUUAUGAAAAAAAAAAUAUAAAAAAUAUUAUAAUUAAUAAUACCAAAGUAGAAAAUGUUGUUUCUUUUCAUUAUAAUGAUUUUCAUAAUAUGACUUUUCAUUUUGACCAUGACAUAUCUUCAUUAAUACAAUUAAGUGAUCUUUUAAAUAAAAUGAAAAAUAAUUUUAUAAAACAAAAGGAUACAAAUAUAUUAAAACAAAUUGUAACAAUACUCAAGAAUAAAAAUAUUUUUUCAUAUAAAAAAAUUAAUCAUAUUUUAGCUACCCUUUUAUGGAAUAGCAAAUUACAGAUAUAUCGUGGUAAAGGUGUUUUUGUUGCUUUUAAUGAUGAUAUUUAUAACAAUAAACAUAAAAUCAAAUUGAAUAUUUAUUAUUAUCAAAGUGUGGGAGAUUUAUACGAAAUUAAUCAUGUAAUGACUGAUAUACAUACAUUUUUUCAAACUUAUGUAACUAAAAGUAUAAAGGAAAACGAAAAAAUACACACCAACAACAAUAAUAAUAAUAAUAAUAUAAACAUUAUUUAUAAUAAUAUUAAUAAUGAAAAUACACAGACCGAAUUUAACAUUAAUAAUAUUAAUUAUAAUCAUGAAGAGCACACAUGUGAUGAUCUUUUAGAAUUCGAAAAUUAUAUAUCUGAUGAUUCUUCUUGUAGUGAAAAUAAUGAAUAUAAUAUAAACAAUAUUUUGAAUAAUACGCAUAUUUUUACUUCCAGAUUUUUAUUUAUAGGGAAAAACAUAAACAUGGAAGAUAUAAAAAAUAAGCUUGAUGAUUGUUUGUACAAAUAA